AUGUCAGUGGUAGGUUUUGAUAUUGGGACUAUAAAUGCAGUAGUUGCAACGAUAAAUAGGGGGUCUGUUAUAAUUGUAAGGAAUGAACUGUCUGAACGCACGACCCCUAUUUUAGUUGGAUAUACAGAAAGUGAACGUUUGAUAGGUGAAGCUGCACUCUCGAAAUUAAAGUCCAAUUAUAGAAAUACAUGUCGAUAUAUGAAGACUUUAAUGGGUAUGCUUCCAAAUAAUUUGGAUGGAGGAGAGUUAAAAUAUGCAUUAGCUAGCAUUGAAACCUGUGAAGAUGGUACUUUAGGAUACAAAGUCAUGUACAAGCAAAAACCUCUAAUAAUUUACUUAACUAGAGUUUAUGCAACGUUUUUAAAACGUUUGAAGGAGAACACUGAACGAAGUACUAACCAACAGAUUCGUGAUUUAGUUGUAAGUAUCCCAGGGUAUUAUGAUAAUAUUGCAAGACAAAAUGUUUUGGAUGCAUUGGAAAUUGCUGGAGUACAGUGUCUAAAACUUAUGAAUGAAGAAAGUGCAGUUGCCUUAGACUAUGGGAUUUUUAGGUCUAGUAGUUUUGGUGAUAAUGAUGCAACAAAUGUAGCCCUCGUAAAUUGCGGAGCCGGUUAUUUCUUUACUUCUAUAGUUAAAUUUACUAAAGGGAAAUUUAAUAUCCUUGCUACUAUAUAUGAGAGGAAAGUAAGUGGCAGGUCAAUGGAUAAUAAAAUAAUUGAAUUUGUUGCACAGGAAUUUAAUGAUAAACAUAAGAUAAAUAUACUGGAUGACUUGAAGGCAAGGAUUAAAUUGGAGGAUGCUGCAACUCGCUGCAAAAAGAUUUUGAGCGCAAAUCAAGAAGCUAACUUUAUUGUAGAGUGUGUCUAUGGAGAAUAUGAUAUAAACAUGAUAAUUGAACGCUCUAAAUUUGAGGAAUUAUGUUCUGACAUGAGGAAUGACAUUUACUCUAUGAUAAAAAAUGCUCUUAAACAAGCUUCUUUAAACACAGAAGAAAUCUCUUCAAUUGAAAUCGUUGGUGGUUGUAGUAGGAUCCCAUGGGUACAAAAAGUUGUGAGUGAUGCAUUUGGUGGCAGGGAACUUUGCAAAACACUUAAUGCAGAUGAGACAGUUGCAAGAGGUUGUGCUUUACAAGCUGCAAUGUUAUCUCCAAUUAUUAAAGUUAGGGAAUUUUCUAUGACGGAAAGAUUCCCCUAUGAAAUUUUACUGUUUUGGCAAAAUACUACAAAUUUACAGGACUUUAAGUCUACAGUUUUAUUCUCUUCUGGAAGUGAUUUAAAUGUUCUGAAAAAUUCUACAUUUACGAAAACUGAACCUUUUGAAGUAUUUUUUAGAUAUUCUCCAAGUAAUAUGUGCCCUUCUUUAGACUUAGGGAGAUAUUUACUACAAAUACCAGUUCAAGCUUCCCAAGGAGAUGCCAAAGUUAAACUUUAUAUUCGGUUAGAUAGGAAUGGUAUUUUAGUAUUGGAAAGAGUUGAGUUGAUUAGAGAAGAAAAGGUAAUUGAACCUUACCCAAGCCCGGAAACAGGAAGUACAGCCACAGGGGAAGAAGAAAUGCAUACAAACCCUGGAGUUGAAGUGCCUACUAAUACAUCAACCAAAACUAGAGUGAAACGUUCAAAUGUACCAUUUACAAUUAUAAGUAAAUUACCUGGAUAUUUAACAACGGAAGACAAAGCUCUUUAUAUAGAAGAAGAAAAGAGGAUGAGUUUAGAAGAUUUAGAAGUACACUUGACUAGAGAAAAAUUAAACGAGUUAGAAACUUAUGUAUUUGAUAUGCGAUCUAAAUUAUCUCCAGGUAGUAUCUUAUAUCCUUUUGGAGAGAAAGAAACUAUUAAUGAAUUUGUAGCUUCUUUAGCUAGAACAGAAGAUUGGAUAUAUGAUAAUUAUGCAGCUACAAGAAACAUAUUUGAACAAAAAUUAAUGGAACUCAGGUCUUUUGGUGAUCCUAUUGAAAGAAGAUUCUUGGAAAAUAAUCAAUUAAAAGAAAUACAAACUCAUAUGAACUCCUUAUUUGAACAUUUCAACAAUAUAUGUACAAAUCCUGAUACAGACUUUACUCCUGAGAGCAAAGCUGAAACUCACCAGGGACUUAUAUCAAAGUACCAAGAGUUUACAACAUCUUUGAAACAGAACCUAGAGGGCCGUGAUCUAUAUCAAGAACUAAUUGUACCAAUUUCUACUCUUAGAUCUUUAUGCUCGGAAAUUCAGGACUUCUGUAAUCAGACUUUGAAACCUCUUCCUAAAACUCAGCAGGAAGUACCAUAUACAGGGGAUCAAGAAGUUCAGGAACCUAAAUUAAAUGAAGAUGUAGCAAUGGAUACUGAGAUGCAAGAAAGCAAAGAUGAAACUAACAAUGAGACAAUGGAGAUAGAAUAG